AUGCAUUUUCAGUCUGCUCUGGCCUCGCCCAGAGGUCACCCUGGUAUCCUGCACCCAUACGCCCCCCGACUGGUCGCCUUCGAGUACAUCCGCGGCUCUCGCCCCAAGCCUCACACGCUCAUCUUUAUCGGAGGUCUCUCCGAUGGCCUACACACGGUCGAUUACCUCUCCGAUCUCAUUCUCGCCCUCCAAGAUACCGAAUGGUCCGUCGUCACACCGCUGCUCUCCUCCUCCUACGCCGGCUGGGGCAUGAGCUCGCUUGCGCAGGACAUUGACGAGAUGGCUCAGUGCGUGGGCUACAUACGCGACCACAAGAAAUCCCUAUAUGGGCACGGGAAGGUGGUCAUCAUGGGCCAUUCCACCGGAAGUCAGGACGUCAUGCAUUACAUCAGUUGCGCCAACCCGCGCCCACGCCACCCAAUCCUGGAUCGAGACAUCCCCGAAGGACAAUACGUGGGGGCAACGCGACCAUCGGUGGAUGGAGCGAUCAUGCAGGCGCCGGUGUCCGACCGGGAGGCUGCUUUGUGGCUAAGCAAGCUCGGGACCGAGUACGAUACUCCGGAGGAAAUUCAGGAAGUGUAUCGGAAGACGAUUCAGGAAGCGCAAAAGCGGACGUAUGAGACUGGGGGCGGGGAUGGGUCCACGAUCUAUGACACGAUUGUGCCACUGGCCACUACGACGCGCAUGUACUACCCGGCUGAUACGCCCCUGAGCAGUCGUCGGUUCUUGAGCCUGCUCAGUCCUCAAAGCCCCCAGCGACCGGACGAAGACGACCUGUUCAGCUCGGAUCUUCCGGACGAGCACCUACAAACCACCUUUGGCAUGAUCCGAGCCCGAGGGGUGUUGCAUGGAAAGGGCAAAUUGAUGGUGCUGUAUUCUGGACGGGACCAGUCGGUUCCUCCGUGGGUCGAUAAGGUGGCGCUGUUGCAGCGAUGGCGGACGAUUCUCGGGGAUGAGACGUGGCACCGAAACAGCACAAUCAUCCCGGGCGCAUCGCAUGCUUUGAGUGACCCCGACCAGGCUGAGCCCCGAAGAAUCCUGGUAGAGAGGGUGACAGGGUAUCUGGAUGAUGUGAGGACACUUUAG